CAUCAGCACGUCCUGGGCUCAAACACGCACCUGCAGCACUCCUCGCGUCAUUCUGCGUUGUCUGGCACUCCUCGUGUCGUGUGCUGGCUCGGGCUCGAAAACUCACCACUCGGUAAAUGCCAAGCUCGCACGCCUGCCGUUGAGUCGCACAUCCCGGGCGAAUGCCCAGGACACAUGGCGCUCGUUGGGUAGCGGACCUGCAUCGUCCUGCGACGUCACCUGUGUGCACCGUGCCUACUCUCGUGCCCGCCGCUCCGGUCUGUUCCGAGCCACUGCCUGCGCGACAUCUGCCUCGCCCAGUCCUUGCACGCCCACGCAUCGCGCGAGCAGCCGGUCAGCGGGUGCAGGUAUUCCCAGCCAGGCUGCGCGCAUUGAAGUACGUGCGGCCGGCUGCAGACACGAGGACCAUUGCACGUGCACAACGUGUACGUGCCACGUCACGCAGCGACGUGGCCCCUGCGAACACGUCAGCUCAGGUGGGCAUACACGGACCACCCGCGCAUGCAAUACGCGCGGCAGAUGAAGAUGCGGGUGGGUGGGGAAGAGAACGGCGAUGGUGGUGAUGGCGCCGUGCGACCUGCAUUGGUGGUCGCUGUUGUGACUCACGACCGCUACUUCCCGACGGCGGCUCGGGCCUCCGCAUUUGGGCAGUCUCGACCGAUAUCUUGGACAGCGGACUUCCUUUCUCCGUCUUUCUUAUCUUUGUGUUCACUUUCUAGGGUAUAUGUGUUGUUUACUUUGACAGGA